AUGUCCACACCAGUGGAAAGUGUGUGCUGCAAGGAGCAGUGCAAGGUCAAAGAGAAGGCUGGGAGCCUUCCCUGCAUCACGGCACACAGGCUCUUCGAGCUGUACUGCCUGGACAGGGAUAUCCUGGACUUAGAGUACAGGAAGCUGAGAGUCUGCCGGCCUCUCAGCACAAGAAACAUAAAGGAGAUAAAUGCUAAGUACAGGUACACGGCAUACUGCCAAUUUGUUUGGUGGAUACACGGAAGGCUCGGAAAGGAGAACCGGGUCACCUUGCCCAGCUGCGUGGUGACCAGGGUCCGCAAAGAGUUCCCCGCCCCGAACCCUGCAGACUACACGGGCUUCAAGCAGUCAAAGUGCUGA